AAUUUAAAUUUAUAAGUAUAAACAUAACCGAAAAGAUACAAGUGAUAUGUUCAUGUGCUCUACUUAAACUUUUUGCCUUAGCCGAUGCAUGUACAUGAAAAAAUCGGGAUGGAUUACCCGAUUGGUCUAUGUUUCAAUCCGCUCGGAUGUUCACUGCCCACGUAAAAAAUGUACCUCUAAAAUUUCGUAGGGCUGAUCUGAAUAAUUGAUGGAAAGAUAGGCAAUUAAGCAGAGCGUUUGCUGUUUGCUCUCGUGAUCUCCUCUCUGUUCCAGGAAAGACGAUGCCAUUUUCUCCCGCAAAUCUUUACCACCUCGGUGUCGGUGCAGCAAUCUCGUCACCACGCUGCCCGUCAGAUUCUUGUGCAGCAAUCUUCGAAAUCGCUAUAUCUAGCGUCGGGUCGUCCUCCCAUCAGGCAGCCACGCCCGACGCCGCCCUCCCCCCAGUUCCCCGCCGAUCUGCACGGUCGCCUCCGGCUUCCCCGGCCGCCGGACCCGUGGCGCCUCCCCGGCCUCCGCGCCCUCCCCACUCGGGACUCCGCGGCCCACCGGCCUCCCGGCCGCCACCGCCGUCUCCCCCUGCAGCUGCGCCUCCACUGUAGCCGCGGCCAGGCUGCGUCCUCAGGCCCGGCGGCAGAUCACCGCGGCCAUCCCCCUGCAGCCGCGCCAUCCCCGGCCGCCGUGGCCAGCUCGCCGCCUCGGGGCGGCGCCGGCAGUUAUCCUCCCCCCGGCAACAGCAGUAACCCGGCCGUCUGCUGCCAGCUCUCCUCCCCUGGAUUUCAGGAGUACAAAAUAUAGUGUAGCGGCUCUCACUCAUUCAACAUGUGGAGUUUUGCAUCAAAUGCCAUUGCUGGAAGCAUAAGGAAAAAGGCACAGCCCUCAAAAUGCAACCAAUACAAUCCCGAUUGCUCUGAUGAUGAUGUUUCUUCAUGCGCAAGUAGAGAGGAAGGCCUCGAAUGUCCAAUAUGCUGGGAAUCCUUCAACCUUGUUGAGAACAUUCCCUAUGUCUUGUGGUGUGGUCAUACAAUGUGCAAGAACUGCAUCUUGGGUCUUCAAUGGGCUGUUGUCAAGUUCCCAACCCUUCCUAUACAAUUGCCUCUCUUCAUCUCAUGUCCAUGGUGUAACCUGUUGUCUUUCCGGCUAGUGUACAAGGGAAACCUCAAGUUCCCACGCAAGAACUAUUUCCUGCUAUGGAUGGUUGAGAGCAUGAAUGGCGAGAGAGCAAAGUUCCAUACCCCUAGUCAUGAAGAGCGCCAUUCUUUAUGCCCUUCCAAUGGUGGCCCAAGUUCCAGUCAACACCACCGAAGACCUGCUCCACGAACUGAAAGCACUGCUGCCAGAGAGAGGAAUGUUGUUGGCAACGUUCUCAAUGCUGAUAGCAUCAGUGCAUCUCUCCAAAAGCUAGUGUUGUCUUUCGUUCAGAUGACAGCCAAGUUUCCACUCGUGUUAAUUUUCCUUCUGAUAGUUCUGUAUGCUGUCCCUGCAAGUGUUGCAGUUUUAGUGUUGUAUGCCCUUAUUACAGUAUUGUUUGCACUGCCGUCCUUUUUGAUCCUCUACUUUGCUUAUCCCAGUUUGGAUUGGCUCGUUAGAGAGAUCUUCAAUUGAGUUUUGUUGUACUGCCUGUCAUUACAGUUUAUAACUCAACAGCAGAAAAUUUAACAUUUGCAAUCUCAUGUGCUCUCCUGUGGAAGUUAAGUUUAAUUUCUUGUCCAUUCUAUUGCGGCCUUUAAGGAGAGUUGUAAGAUGGAAUUGCAAUUGUUGCAUUCCUGUUCAUGGCUCAUCGUCA